AUGAUGGCAGACGCUGAAGAACGUCUGAUGGUCGAUCUUUUCCGCGGCUACAACUCUCUAGUACAGCCGGUUCGUAACAAAACCGAACUGCCGAUGAUCAUCAGGAUCGCCAUGCAGCUCAUAUUACUUAUUAAUGUGGACGAAAAGGAACAGGUGAUGCACACGAACGUAUGGCUUACUCUGGUGAGCUGA